GCGGCCCCCGCGUUGCAGCCAUGUCCAAGGAGCCGCGCGCCGGCCAGGAGGAGAUCAUGGAGUGCCAGGUGAUGUGGGAGCCGGACAGCAAGAAGAACACGCAGAUGGACCGCUUCCGGAAGGCCGUGGGCGCCGCCUGCGGCCUGGCGUUGCAAAACUACGAUGACUUAUACCACUGGUCAGUGAAGUCAUACUCGGACUUCUGGGCAGAGUUCUGGAAGUUCAGUGGCAUUGUCUUCUCCCGCAUGUACGAUGAGGUAGUGGACACGUCGAAAGGCAUCUCGGACGUGCCCGAGUGGUUCAGAGGCAGCCGCCUGAACUACGCCGAGAACCUCCUGCAACACAAAGACAACGACCGGGUCGCCCUGUACGUUGCAAGGGAAGGCAAAGAGGACAUUGUGAAGGUGACCUUUGAAGAGUUGAGGCAGCAAGUGUCUUUGUUUGCAGCGUCCAUGAGGAAGAUGGGGGUAAAAGCGGGGGACCGUGUCGUCGGCUACUUACCCAACAGUGCACACGCCGUGCAGGCCAUGCUGGCGGCCUCCAGCAUUGGCGCCAUCUGGAGCUCCACGUCCCCAGACUUCGGGGUGAACGGCGUGCUGGACCGUUUCUCGCAGGUCCAGCCCAAGCUCAUCUUCUCCGUGGAGGCCGUCGUGUACAACGGCAAGGAGCACAACCACUUGGACAAGCUGCAGAAGGUCGUUAAAGGUCUGCCGGACUUGGAAAAGGUGGUGCUGAUUCCGUACAUCUCCUCCAGGGAGAGGAUCGACAUCUCCAAGAUCCCAAACUGUGUGUUCCUGGAUGACUUUCUCGGCACCGGGAAAGGUGAGCAGCCGCCGCAGCUGGAGUUUGAACAGCUGCCCUUCAGCCACCCGCUCUUCAUCAUGUUCUCGUCUGGCACGACUGGCUCGCCCAAGUGCAUGGUGCACUCGGCUGGGGGCACCCUGAUACAGCACCUGAAGGAACACAGCCUGCACGGCAACAUGGACAGCAGCGACAUCAUCAUGUACUACACCACGGUCGGCUGGAUGAUGUGGAACUGGGUAGUGUCGGCCCUCGCCACAGGUGCGGCCCUGGUCUUGUACGACGGCUCCCCGCUGGUUCCGACGGCUAACGUGCUCUGGGACCUGGUGGACAGGAUAGGCAUCACUAUCCUGGGGACCGGUGCCAAGUGGCUCUCUGUGCUUGAAGAGAAAAACCUGAAACCAGUGGAAACACACAGCCUGCAGACACUGCACACCAUCCUGUCUACAGGCUCCCCGCUGAAAGCCCAGAGCUAUGAGUACGUCUACAGGUGCAUCAAGAGCAAUGUGCUCUUGGGCUCCAUCUCAGGUGGCACCGACAUCAUCUCCUGCUUCAUGGGCCAGAACCCCUCGGUCCCUGUGUAUAAAGGGGAGAUCCAGGCCCGGAACCUGGCCAUGGCGGUGGAGGCCUGGGACGAGGAUGGAAAGGCCGUCUGGGGGAUGAGUGGGGAGCUGGUGUGCACCAAGCCCAUGCCCUGCCAGCCGACACACUUCUGGAACGACGAGAACGGCAGCAAGUACAGGAAGGCCUACUUCUCCAAGUUCCCGGGUGUGUGGGCGCAUGGGGAUUACUGCAGGAUCAACCCCAAGACUGGCGGCAUCGUCAUGUUGGGCCGGAGCGAUGGCACACUCAAUCCCAACGGAGUGCGGUUCGGCAGCUCGGAGAUCUACAACAUUGUGGAGGCCUUUGAGGAGGUGAUGGACAGCCUGUGUGUUCCCCAGUACAGCCAGGAUGGUGAGGAGCGGGUGAUCCUCUUUCUGAAGAUGGUGUCUGGCCACUCCUUCCGGCCCGACCUGGUGCGCAGGAUCUGUGACGCCAUCCGCUCAGGCCUCUCUGCGCGGCAUGUCCCCAGCCUCGUCUUGGAGACCCAGGGCAUCCCGUACACACUCAGUGGCAAGAAGGUGGAGGUGGCUGUGAAGCAGGUCAUUGCUGGGAAGUCGGUGGAGCACCGAGGGGCCUUCUCCAACCCUGAGACCCUGGAUCUGUACCGAGACAUUCCUGAGCUCCAGGGCUUCUGAGCCGGCGGCCUGGCCCACACCGGCCGCAGCUGCGUGCCCUUGCUUCCUUUGUCCGGGUCGUCACCUAGAUGUCUCUGGCGCCUCUAAAGACAUUUGCACCAAGUUCUCUAGGCCAGGGAGGUGGCUUCUGUUUCCUGCUGAUGGCCACCUGGUGCUGAGCCGUCCGCAUGCUGGGCAGGGUGCUGGCCUUCAGAGGUGCAGCAGCCUUGUAGGCUGUUCGGAGCCCCAAAGUGUGGGUGCCGCCCAAGUGGGCAGGCUCAGCCUGGUCAGGGGUGCAGCUGGUGGGCACUCUGCUCUGAGCCUGGCUUCCUCGUGCGCAGGGGCACACUCCACCUGUCCACAGGAGCUGUUGCAGGUCACAGCCCCACAUGAUGUUCUGGACACAUCACUGGUGGGAAGUACUUCCUGGUAGACCAGUGCCACUCCCGCCCACCACGGCCCAGAAGCACUGUUUCAUAGGAUCUCAUUAUUCAGGGGCUGUGGUUCUUUUUAAAAUGUUUUUGUUAAUGUUAAUUAAAUGUUAAUGUUAAUUGUC